CCAUCUUGGAAGGGACAGCAACAGAUGUAUAAGCUAGACAUAGGCUGGCCUAAAACCCCAGAAUACUUCACUGGCCAAACGUUUUGUGUUGCUGUUGACUCUCUGAAUGGUUUGGUCUAUGUGGGACAAAGGGGAGAUAAUGUGCCCAAGGUGCUGGUGUUCUCAGAGGAAGGCUAUUUUCUUCACUCGUGGAAUAACACAGUUGAAAUGCCUCAUGGUAUCUUUGUACUGAACACUGCCACAGACAGCUCAGUGUGGAUCACAGACGUUGGAACAGGGAAAUAUGGGCACACAGUGAAGCAGUACAGCCCUUGGGGGAAACUGCUGCAGACCCUGGGCACGCCAGGCAACGCUGGUUCCAGUUUGAUUCCCCUACAGUUUGAUCAGCCAGCAGAGAUCUUUGUAGAAGAAAGUGGAGAUAUGUAUGUUGUGGAUGGAGAUGGGGGAAUGAACAACAGAUUGCUCAAACUAUCCAAUGAUUACAAAGAGAUCUGGCUGGCAGGAAUGAAUGGGACUGGCACUGGCCAGUUCAGGAUCCCCCACAGUGUGACAGUGGAUUCUUUUGGACGGGUAUGGGUUGCUGACAGAGACAACAAAAGAAUCCAAGUUUUUGAUAAAGUCACUGGGGAGUGGCUUGGGUCUUGGAGUAGCUGUUUUUCAGAAGAUGGACCCUAUUCUGUCAGAUUCACUCCUGAUUACAAGUACCUGAUUGUAGCUCAGCUGAACAUCAACCGGUUAGCGAUCCUGGUGGCACCGCCCGUGGGCUCCAUCAGGGACUGUGUCCUGGUCAGCACCAUCCAGCUGGCAGAUGAGACCAAACCACACCUUGUGGAUGUAGACAUGAAGAGUGGAGCAGUCUAUGUCGCAGAGAUUGGAGCCCAGCAAGUACAAAAAUACAUACCCUUAAGCUGA